UUGAGCUGUCAAUAUUGAGCCAAGGUGGAAGGUGACGAGCCGGUGUAACAUCGGAUAGGAAACUGAAAGUCCUCUGUAGUUUCAAAGUAAGAGGUACAGUCUUUUAGUAUGAGGACUGCCCGAAAAACAAUGAUUUGAAAAUGAAAAAGCUUUUAGAAAAAGCCAACUUAGAUUACAAGUUCAAGAAAGCAGGUGAGGGCCAUGCCUUAACAGGUAACAGCAGCACAGCCUCUCAACAGCAAGCAACUUCCUCAGCGCCUGCCGUGCCGCGAGCAGCCCCAAGCUCAGAUGCACAAAGAGCUGGGCAGGCUGCUUUAGAAAGGUUUUCAGUUCAUGAAAAAAGUGCUGUGAAGAAGCCAAAGUCUGCCACAGCUACUUGGAAACACAGUGGGCCAGCAGAGACAUCUCAAAGCAGUAGUGGUACAGGAGCAGCACUGAAACUGAAUCAGCUGAAAAGAGAAGUGAGACAGGAGUUGGCAUAUCAAGAAGCCUGCAAACAAAGAGAUGUUCAGAGAGAGGUUCAAUCUACUGCUGAGCCAACGCAUGUAGAAUGUUCAACAGUGCUGUCUCAAGAAGGAGUGUAUUUUAUUUGCCCAGUGUGUCCAGUUACAGUGUUAAAAAAUGAACUAGAUACACAUUUGUGGGAAUGUCUCUCUAAGCAAUAUCCUGGUGAGCCAUUGACAACCUCCUGUUCCAUGAUACACACCCUGAACAAGGACAAAGAAAAGGUUAAAGCCUGCAUUGACCUAAUCUGUAGAUACCUUGAUAAUAUCUGCAAGAAUCCAGAAGAGGAAAAAUAUAGAAAGAUAAAGCAAAGCAACAAAAUAUUCCAGGAACGUGUAGUGCCUAUCAAAGGUGCCACUGAAUUCCUUCUUGCUUGUGGAUUUGAAGACAAAGUUCUCUUAGUAGAAGCAGAUUCAGAAGAAAAGUUUUUUGUUUUGCCAAAGGACGAGUGUUGUGACUGUGAACGAUUAAAUGUGUAUAAGGAAGUGUUAACGUCAACUCAAGCUUUGAAGGCAAAACUUGAUCGUUGCUUAAAGGUUUACAAGCCAAGCAGCCAAGCAAGUCAUUUUGAGGUCCCCUGGGAUUUCUAUAACAAGACAGCUGAAGAGGUCAAAAGUGAACAAAUAGCAAGAACGGAGGAGGUAGAGAGAAAUUCUCAGCUCAGAACUCGAGCCAUGCGUGAAGCAGAGAAACGCCCAUCCAAGACUUACCGUUUCACUUUGGUACGGAUACGUUUUCCUGAUGGGGUCAUUCUCCAAGGAACAUUUUAUUCCCGAGAAAACCUAGGGGAUGUUUUCGAGUUUGUUCGGCAGUCCCUUGUGUCCGAGUGGCAGCCUUUUCUUAUCUUCGAGGCUGGUAGACAGUUGAAAGAUGAAAAGGCUACCCUGGUCGACUUGGGCUUGGUUCCAGCUGCUUUGGUGAACUUCAAGUGGGACCCAGUUAUUAUGAAAGAAAUCGCAGCGGCACAAGGUCAAGUGGACGAGAAUAUCUUCCUGAAACCCGAAGUGCUGUGCAGAGUACAAGAACUUAGCUAGAACACGAUGAUAAAAUUAAAACGAAAAUCAUCAUUGAUUUCAUCGUAAAACUGAAUGUUUUCAUGAUAAAAUAAAAUAUAAAGAAACAAAGGAUAUAGAAGACCAUAAAGAGACCGUUUGGACAAAAGCAGAUUGUGUUUGAAGUGAAUUUGAACGAUACCUAGGAAUGCAUCGCUAGAAAUGCAUCGCGAGAAAUGCCAAAGGGUCUCCCUAACUAAUAUAAACAGCCCGGUUAUUCAAGUGUCGGCGAACUAAAGACUGUAGCGCAAAUUUUGACACGGUAAACAAAUGAGUAGCGUAAAUUGGAAAUGUCUUCACCGGCAAGAGGUAGACGGGUUGGCUCUUUACAAAGAGCAGAUAAGGAGUUGGACUUUGGACUUCGGAGAAGUCUAGAACCUGAACCUGGGACCGACAGAAAUGAAGUCCAGUGCCAUCAGUAACUCAGCCAUACCGCUUCCUCUGUGGUUAGGUAUACUAUGUAGCAGUAGAAUAUGUAGAAGGAGCGAAUAAAAAGUAAUGUCAAGGAGAA